AUGUUCUUCUUCCUGCUCAACCUGGCCCUCACUGACCUGGGCUCCAUCUGCACCACUGUCCCCAAAGCCAUGCACAAUUCCCUCUGGGACACCAGGGACAUCUCCUACUCAGGAUGUGCUGCUCAGCUCUUUUUCUUUAUGUUCUUCAUCUCAGCAGAGCUUUCCAUUCUCACUGUGAUGUGCUACGACCGCUACGUGUCCAUCUGCAAACCCCUGCACUACGGGACCCUCCUGGGCAGCAGAGCUUGUGCCCACAUGGCAGCAGCUGCCUGGGCCAGUGCCUUUCUCAAUGCUCUGCUGCACACAGCCAAUACAUUUUCCCUGCCCCUGUGCCAUGGCAAUGCCUUGGGCCAGUUCUUCUGUGAAAUCCCACAGCUCCUCAAGCUCUCCUGCUCCAAAUCCUACCUAAUUGAAUUUGGGUUUCUUAUUGCUAGUGUUGGUUUAGUUUUUAGUUGUUUUGUGUUCAUUGUUUUCUCCUAUGUGCAGAUCUUCAGGGCCGUUUUGAGGAUCCCCUCUGAGAAGGGACGGCACAAAGCCGUAUCCACCUGCCUCCCUCAUCUGGCCGUGCUCUCCCUGUUCCUCAGCACUGGCUUUGUUGCCUACCUGAAGCCCUCCUCCAUAUCCUCCCCAUCCUUGGAUCUGGCCCUGUCAGUUCUGUAUUCGGUGGUGCCUCCAGCUCUGAACCCUCUCAUCUACAGCCUGAGGAACCAGGAGCUCAAGGCUGCAGUGGGGAGACUGAUUACUGGAUGGUUUCAGAAGCAUUAA